UUAUUUCAUCAUCUUCAUUUCAAACAUUAACUUCUUCAUUGAGAAAAACAUGGCAACUUCAAAGAUAGUUUUCAUUACCCUUUUCUUUAGCUUAGCUAGUAUUAUUGCCAAUUCCAAAGCCAAUUUCAAUGAUGAAUUUACAAUUACUUGGGGAGAUGGUAGAGGUAAGGUCCUCAACUCUGGGGAUGACCUCACCCUCUCCCUCGAUAAAGCUUCCGGCUCCGGCUUCCAAUCCAAAAACGAAUACCUCUUUGGUAAGAUUGAUAUGCAGUUAAAACUUGUCCCUGGUAAUUCAGCUGGUACUGUCACUGCUUACUAUCUCUCGUCUAUGGGUAACACCCAUGAUGAGAUUGAUUUUGAGUUCUUAGGGAAUGUUAGUGGACAACCUUACACACUCCACACUAAUGUAUUUGCUCAAGGCAAAGGUAACCGUGAAAAACAAUUUCACUUGUGGUUCGACCCUACUAAAGAUUUCCACACUUACUCAAUCCUUUGGAAUCCACAGAGAAUUGUUUUCUCUGUUGAUGGAAUUCCAAUCAGAGAACACAAGAACAUGGAAUCAAAGGGAAUUCCAUUCCCUAAGAAUCAACCUAUGAGGAUAUACUCUAGUUUGUGGAAUGCUGAUGAUUGGGCUACCCAAGGAGGUCGGGUUAAGACCGAUUGGGCUCAAGCUCCUUUCACUUCCUCAUACAGGAACUUUAAAGCUGAUGCUUGUAUAUGGACCUCUGGUUCAUCUUCGUGUGGGUCGGGUUCUAAGCCCGCAUCGGGCUCCAAUUGGUUGACACAAGAGCUUGAUUCCGCAAGUUUGGGAAGGAUGAGAUGGGCGGAAAAGAAUUACAUGGUUUACAAUUAUUGUGCUGAUCUUCAAAGGUUCCCUCAAGGCCUUCCUACAGAAUGCUCUGCUACGGAUUGAAUAACGCGUUAAACAUUUUACUGAUAAAUUAUUUUAGCCCAUUCUUUUAUUCUUUGAAUCACUAAUAUAAUAAUAUUGUACUGAUUAGAAUUAUUAAAUAUGAAAAUUCUUGGGAAAUUGUGAAAUUCUUCAUUGGAAAUGCAAAAAACAAAGAACACCCACUUGUUUGACGUGCAUCAA